AUUCCCUAAACACAGGACGUAAUCAACCACAAUUGCGAAAUGAAAAACAUUCUCACAAUCCGGAUGUUCCUACAAUCUUCCAUGUUUUUGCAGCUGCAAUUUGUGUUUCUCACUGCUUCACAAUAUCUGGCAAUUCGUCAUGGAUCAAGCUUGAGAAACAAUGUUAUCGCUGAAUUUACAGAAGAAAUGGAUUUGUUUUGUGAACUUCGAUGCGCAGAAAAUCGUUUUUGUGUCGCAUUUAGCUACAAGGAAAAAACGCUGGAAAAUGAAUUAAACUGUCAGCUUACCAACACAACUGAGCAUAAAUUCAACGAACGCCACGAAACACGGGAAGAACAAGUAUGGACGUUUCACGAAGCUAAAGUGGAUCGGAGUCAAUUUGCAAGCUGCAGGGGAGAAGUUAAUGAAUGUCAUAAUGGCGGGAAAAUGACUUGGGAAAUAGGAAGACAGUUUUCAUGUUGGUGUUUGAAAUGUUAUGAAGGAGAACGCUGUAAAAACGUACGUACAGAGGCCCUUGGGAUGGAAGAUGGUAGUAUCCUUGAUAGUCAAAUCACCGCAUCAAGCAAUUUUGAUAUUAAUCAUCGUGAGGCUAAUGGAAGAUUAAAUUUCAUACCACAUAGUGGAAGAACUGGAGCCUGGUCUGCAUGGUCCAAUGAUCUUAAUCAGUGGCUACAAGUUAAUUUUCAACGUCUUACACUCAUCGCAGGAAUCAGUACCCAAGGACGUGUUGACCAUUAUCAAUUUGUUAGGAGUUACACCAUCUCUUUUAGCAAAACUGGAGGAUAUUUCAUGUAUUAUACCGAAGGGAAAAAACCCAAUGUAUACUAAAAAACGUCAUACAAACUAUAAACUCUAAUCAUUCACCACUUUUAUCACGAGUUUUGAAUUAUAUUAUGUACCUUUGAGCAAUUUUGUACCUCAGAGUU